CAGUAUAAAUACCUUGAGCCCAGUGCCCUUGGAAGCAGCAGCUGUCGCUCAGACAGGCAGACUCCACAACUAAGGAUAUAACAGCGCCGCACCGGGACAGCAACCUCCCAACUCCCCCACUGUUUCUUUGGAGCGUAAACCUUCCCGGUUUAGCUUCACAAGAUGGACCUGAGGGUAACAAGCAUUCUCCUCGUCCUCCUAGCUUUGGCUGAGGCAACUCCUGAGAGGUACUACCAUGUGCCAAAAGUGAGCAAGACUCCAUACCCUGUCAAGAGUCAUGCUGUUGCAGGCCAGACAGGUCCUGCAGGUCCUCCAGGUGAGCCAGGCCCAAUGGGACCACCUGGACCUCCUGGAAAGAGCGGUACAGGACAUACUGGACCACAAGGCCCACCAGGACCUCCCGGACCCCCUGGCUACUCUCAAGCAGGUAAACCUGGUUCCCCAGGUGGCCAUGGAAAACCAGGUAGCCCUGGUCUCCCUGGUGAGAGAGGUGCACCUGGUGCAACUGGACCAAUGGGUCCCAGAGGUGCACCUGGUACACCGGGAACACCUGGACCUGCUGGACUUUCUUCUGUUGGAAAACCCGGCCCACCCGGCAUCCAUGGGGCAAUGGGACCAAGAGGAGAGCCUGGUUUGAAGGGACACCCUGGUAUUCCUGGUCUUCCUGGCAACAAAGGAGAGAGAGGCAUUGGAGUUCCUGGAGUUCAAGGACCAUCAGGUGCAGUUGGACCAAUGGGCCCAUCUGGUAUGCCGGGCAAACCUGGAGUUGGUAAACCUGGUGCCCCUGGCUAUCCUGGAGAACCUGGCAAGGAUGGCAUGCCAGGAAGAGAUGGCACUCCUGGGCAAAUGGGUAUGGUAGGGCCAAAGGGUCACACAGGAGCUCCAGGCACAGGAGCACCAGGGAAACCAGGCCAGAAUGGUACCCCAGGUAUGCCUGGACCUAUGGGGCCUAAAGGUCCACAGGGUCCUGCUGGCCAGCCAGGCUCCCCUGGCAUGCCAGGUGUUGGCAAAACGGGUGAACCUGGAAUACCAGGUAGCAGAGGAGCCCCCGGUACUUCAGGAACCACUGGUCAGAAAGGAGAGCCAGGCCCAACUGGUUUUACUGGUCACCCAGGUGCUCCUGGUCCUAUUGGCCCAGCUGGUCCACAAGGUGCAAGAGGAUUCCAGGGUGAGGCAGGCCCACAAGGACCCAAAGGCGACAUUGGUAUGGUAGGUGCACCAGGCCCAAGGGGAACUAAAGGUGAGCAGGGAGCUCAGGGUUUCACUGGAAAACCAGGUGUCCCUGGAGCAGUAGGUCCUUCAGGAAUUCCAGGUCAUAAUGGUCCUCAAGGUCAAAAGGGUGCACAAGGCCAUGGUGGUGCCCCAGGACUUCCAGGUGCAAAUGGCAUCCCAGGACCAAAAGGACACACAGGCAUCCCAGGAGCACCAGGAAAAAGUGGUGAGAACGGAAGGCCAGGACCCAUGGGACCAGGUGGCCCCCCCGGUCCAUCAGGUCCUCCUGGGCUUAAGGGCCAUCCAGGUCUUCCAGGCCCACCUGGUCCAGCUGGCUUGACAGCUAAGGGAAUUUCUGGUCCUCAGGGUCCACCUGGAAUUCCAGGUGCCAGAGGUCAGGAUGGUCAGCCAGGCCCUUCCGGUCCUCCUGGUCCACCUGGCCCACCAGGAGAGGUGGUUUACCACCACGAAAAGAGCAUGCCAAUCAAGUCCCAUGAGGUUGUGAUGUCUCAUGAGAUGAUGAAGGCCCCCAUGUCUGCCUUCAGUGCUGUGCUGACCAGGGCCUACCCUCCAGCUGCAACCCCCAUUCAGUUCGACCAGGUUCUGUACAAUGGGGAGCACCAUUAUGACGCCCACAGUGGUGUGUUUACCUGCCAGAUCCCAGGCCUCUACUAUUUCAGCUAUCAUGUGCAUGUCAAUGGUGCCAAUGCACUGGUGGCUCUCUACAAAAACGAGGAGCCAGUUGUUUUCACCUAUGAUGAGUACAACAAAGGCUUCCUGGAUCAGAUGUCAGGCAGUACUGUUCUUAUGCUGCAUGCUGGUGACAGAGUCUAUGUCCAGGUCCCUGAUGAGGAGAGUAAUGGUAUAUUUGCAGCAGAUAAUGUUCACUGCUCUUUCUCUGGGUUCUUGAUUGCCUCAACGUGAUUUCACAAAUCCAAAUAAACCUCAAAACCUUACAAAACAUUGAACUACUCAGAGAAAUAGAUCAGUUUACAAAAUUCCAAAUUGAGAUCGUAGAUUAAAGAAAAAUAUGGUUGUAAUUUUUACAAGUUUAACUGCCUCAUUAGAAUCUUUACAACAAUAAAGUCUUCAAUUUGCUAACAAAUGACUCGACUGACAGAGGUAUUAAUUCUGAGUAAAAUGUUUAAAUAUAUAGUUCAAAUUGAUUCCUUUCCCAAGUUCAUCGUGUGUACCUGCAAUUUUAAGAAACAUUAAACAAUAUUGGAAGAUAUCUUAAGUGGUGCUUUACAACUGCCUGUAACAUUUACAUGUCUUUUAUUUGUGUUUGUUUUUAUUAAUGUCUGUUGUUUAAGAAUUUUCCUGUAAUAUACAUACAAAAGACACACAAAACUGUUGUACUAUAUGUUAUUAGACAUCAGCACAUUCUCACAAGCACUGUGACCAGCCAAACAACACAGAAUGAGAAAUUUAAACUGCAUUUUUUUUUUCAAAACAACUAUGUCCCAUUGGAUGUGUUAAAUUAUGUACCACUUACUGACCAAAACACAGAAUAAAAGUUCUAGUUUGAAAAAUAAAAA